AUGGCGGUUACAGGAUUCUUCCACCAUAUCGGCACUUUUUUGUUGCUGGCAGCAACAAUCCUGCUCAUUGUCACGUCCAUUUCGGCGCCUGUCGUGAAUGACAUCGGCCUGCUGAAGGUCAAGCUGAGCAAUGCCACGAAUGACCACUACUCGGAAGUGUCGUUUGGCACAUUCGGCUACUGCGUGCUGAACACCGCCGAUGAUUCGCGUGAUGCCUGCUCAGGCCACACUAUUGGCUACCGCCCAGCCGACGUCUUGACCGACAUUGAGGAGACCAGUUACUCGGAUUAUAGCCGCAAAGUCACUCAUGGCCUCACAAAGGUCAUGAUCCUGCAUCCAGUUGCUGCCGGUAUUGCCUUCCUGGCAUUCCUUAUGGCCCUGGGUUCCGGCUUCUUCGGCUCACUCCUAGCCGCCUUCACAUCACUUGUCACAUUCGUGGUGACGGUUGUCGUACUUAUCUGCGACUUUGUCCUAUUCGCCAUUAUCCGCGACAACGUCAACGACCAGAACAACGACUCGCACGCCUACUAUAGCGUCGGCAUCUGGACGGUCCUGGUCGCCGGCAUCUGCUCGCUACUCGGCGCUAUUAUCGUCUUCUUCACGUGCUGUUCGGCGCGCCUGCACAAGCGGAGGAACCGCGCCUCCACCAUCCCCAAGUCCGACUACGGCGCCCCAGCGACGACCCGCCGCAGGCGCAGGUGGUUCUAA